AUGCUGACCACCGCAAACGUACUGACGUAUGUGCUGCCCACGCUGUUGGUCUUCCUGGUGCACGCCCCCAUCGACAACGGCGGCUUCCGCUGGGCCUGGAACGCCGGGUUCAACCGCGUGCUGCGUACCCACUUCAGCAGCCCUGAACAACAGAAGUAUCUGCAACUGAUCCGGAAGUGGGCGAUGGAACACAACCCGUCGAAGCACACGUCCAGCCACUGGUGGUACUCGGAGCUGGGUUCGCUGACGCCCGCCUUCGACGCGCUGGUGCACAGCCCGGAGGUCGCCAGCAUGUUUGCCUCCAUCUUCUCGCCUCGCUGGUACACGGUGAUCCCUGUGUGGGGCAUGAAUGAGAUAUACGUGAGCGGCCCGAAUCGAACGGGCAACUCGGACACGGUUUUCUACACCAAGCACAUCGACGGGCCCUUCCCCUUCUUCCCCUUCGCCUCCUGCUUCCGUUGCAUCGUGGGCAUGGACAACAACACACAGGUCUCCACCGUCUUCCCCAUGGUGCCCACGUCCAUCACUGCACAGCAGGGCAACCUGGUGGCCUUUGACUUCCACCGCGAGCCGCACUUCAUCCAGGACCACCCCAACGCUGGCCUGGCGAACAAGGAGCAGCGCAUCGUGCUGAAGCUACACUUUGUCACGUACCCCACCCUUCUCAUGCCACUUGGCCGCCUGCUCGCCUUCAUGAGCACGUGUUACAAUCAGCUCUUCCGUCUGCUCUUCGUGAGCACCAUCACGCCGGAGACUGCGCUGGAGAAGUUCGGCGCGUGGAACGUGGUCUUCUGGACGCACGCGUUCAACAAGGCUGAGGAGUACGUGGGCUGGAACAACCUGUCCUACCUCGCCCUGCUGGUGCACCUCAGUGUCGCCAGCUCUCAGCCCCUGGUGCUGCUGCUCGGCACGUCCUUCGUGCACUACGUCCGCUACAUCAAGACCUUCUACUGGCGCACGGAGCUGCAGUGGGCGACGUUCAAGCGCGACGUGCUUGUCUUCAAGACGGUCUCGCUCUCGCAGCUGAGCGCGCAGCCUACACUACUGUGGCCCGUCGCCCUAUCCCUCUCGCUGCUGUUUGUCGGCUACUUCGUGAGCAUCUCCGCCACGUUCGCGCUGGGCGUGGACCGCACCUACUUUGGCGAGGAACUGGGCUACUGCCCGCCCAAGCGCGUCACCCGGUUCCCUUAUGGCCCCACCCCAUGA